AUGGGUAAAAAUUCCUUGGAUGAUCAGACUCGGAAGGUGGUGGUUAAUGGGUCAUAUUCAGCCUGGAGGCAGCAUCACAAAACAAGAAAGAUGUUCACAGCUUUAAAGUAUCACUCAACAGACUAUUUAUAUGAGAGCAUGGCAAGGCAGAAGUUUUCCAUCUGUAGAUUAUCACUUUGCUUUCCUCCCUGUUUGCAACAACAUGAAAAGAGUCAUCUGACUGGACUCUUUGCUGAUGAUAAGUAUAGGAAGCCAUGGACUAGAGUUACAUCAACACAGAACACAAUUGCUAUUUCAGUGUUGGAUCAAUGGAAGAAAAGUUUAUCUGUGGAGGAUUUCCUGGAAAAGAAACCUAUCAUUUCUCUGGAGUUCCAUAGUAAUAACGAAUUGAUAGAAGUUAUUCCAAGUUCAAAUCCCUUCUCUCAGACUGACACAGAAGAACUUUAUUUACUCAAGGAGAAUAUCUGUACGGAAGAAUCAACUCAAGACAAAUAUUUGAAGGUUGACUGUGCCUCUGAACUUAAAGAACAAUGGCAAGAUUUAUAUGUUGGAGAUGAACUUAUUUUUGUUGAUAAUCUUGAAAACUGUCAUAAAAAACUUCCACAUUCAUCUGCACUUCUGGACAGACUAAAAUUUUUUUUAGUGAGAGAUCCUCUUUUAGAUUCUGAAGGACAGAAUUUAAGAGAAGAGAACAUUUUUAGGGAACUCUUGACUUUUCCAAAUGAAAUGGAGAUGCAGGAGAGUAAAAAAGAAUUGCAGGCAAUUAAAGAGACCUUCUGUACAAUAACUUUAAAAGAUAAAGAGUAUUUCAUGUUGCCUGUUGAGUUAGAAUUCUGCAAAAACAGCAACAGCAGAUCAGAUUCCAUUAAGACUCCAUCGUAUUUGGAACUGAAAGAGCUGUUAAAUGUAGCUCCAGAAACUAUGGCUGAUGAAGACAUGUGUGAAGAGGUGAUCAAAGAGGAUCUUAAAGCAGAAAUUUCAAACAAAAUUGAAGUUUCCAAAUACUGUCCCAUACCAGGAGAGCUUUGCUCCAGUAACAGCACAAGUAUGUUGGAAUCCUGUGAGUCAGCUACACAUGUUUCAUAUCUGCAAGAUGAAAUGGAAAUACCUUUAACUCCUCUGUGCAGACAACAAAGAUCACAGGUGAACUGUAUGUGUGUAGGACUUCAAGAAGAACCUAUUACUCUUUCUGGUAACAGCAUUUUUAUUACAGAGUCCUCUAGGGAAUACUUAGAAUGCCUGGUAUGGCAAUCAGAGAAAUACUGGGACAAUGUGAGCUCUCUUUUGCUUGUCGAGCAUCAGACCUUUAAACUUGCAUAUCAGCAUCAUUCGCUCGCGGAACUGAAGAAAGUGCUAUCAAUUGAUAUAGAAGCACCGAUGCUUAUCUCACUAGAGGAGGACUGGUGGAUUCAUAUGGGAUUAAGUCCAGCCUGUGUUGAUACGUUGGAGCAAUUAAAUAUGGAUUCCAGUAAUACAAACAGUUUACUUCCUACAGAAGUAGAAACAUUCACACAAUUUAAAUCAUAUCAACUAGAAAGAUGGCUUGAAGAGAAGAAUUCCAUGACGAAUCAGGAGCUGUUUUCUGCCAAAAGACAUCAGUUGUACCAAGUAACUAAUGGGACCCUGCCUAUAAAUGCUGCAUCUUCUGUCAAAAUUGACAGUUCAACUGCCUUUGUAGAAGAGUUUGAUGGAAGAAGCGUACAAAAGAGUAAGGUAGAAGAGAAGAUUUAUUUCUUAAACCAAGGAAAGAAGACACCCAAAUCACUUGAUUCAGUCAGCCCUAAAGAUGUGUCUUUUAAAGGAGACAACUCUUCCGAGGCUCAGAAGCCUGCAUCAUUCACACCUGCUACAAAAUGGGACAAUGAUGAUUCUGAUCUGAGCAACUUUAUCAUGCUGAGAUCUAAACACACAGUCACCCAAAGAGAGGAAGAGAAUGACAUAGAUAGUCCUGAAAAAGUGCUGCAACCCAAAGAACAGCACUUGCCUGAUCACAAAGAGGACAGUUCUGUGUGUGAGCCUGUAACAGCAGAGAAAGAAGAGAAUGAGAGCAGCAGCACAGUCAAAAUUCAAGCAUCAGAAAGCCAAUACCAGGCAUACUGUCUGUUGGAAGGAGCAGCCACCCCUAUUUUAAAAGAUUUGGCACAUCUAGGUGUUCUUGCUUCUGUAAGUUGGAGCUUUGACAGCAUAAAAUUUGACCAUACAAGGUUUUUCUUAAAGCAGCAGGAGAAAGUGAUAUGUGAUCAUUUUAAAGAAGGUAAAGUAGAUGAGAAAGAGAUCACGCUGUUCAGACACGCUGCUCUGGUGCAUCUCUUGGUGACAGUUCGAGACCUUCUGUUAACAUGUGGCUUGGACACAGCACUAGGAUAUUUGUCUAAAGCAAAGGAUAUCUACAAAAACAUCGUAGAAUCCUGUUUGGAUAAUAUCUGGAGGCAGCUGAAGGUUGUACAGUACAGCAGCCAGAAAAAGCAUGAAAUCAGUCCCAAAAUAACAGAACUUCAGCGUCAAAUGUUAAAUUGGAUGCAAAGUUACCGAGAGGAACGCAGUGCUAAGGUACUGGAAGGCCACAAUAAGGUGGCUUAAGAGAACUUUCUCUUCUCCAGGCUGAAACAACAUCGGAUCUCUCCGCCUUUCUUAACAGGAGAGGUGCUCCAGCCCUCUGAUUGUCUUCGUGGCCCUCCUCUGGACCCUCUCAAACAAACCCACAUCCUUCUUGUGCUGGGGGCCCCAGAGCUGAAUGUGGUACUCUAUAUACUAAUCAUAACAAGAAUGGACUCUGAGAGAGAAAAAGCUGCUCUCAUUCACACUUUAUCUAGAGUAGAAGGUUUAAAAGCUAUCGAUUUGAAUUAUGAGAAAAAAGGAACCUUCCUAGGUCGUAAAGAUGUCGUAAGCAAUAGAUACUCCUGUGUUAUUGUACAAAAUCAGCAAAUUGGAGCUGACUUCCCUUGGACUCACUUCUCAUUGGUGAUAGAAUAUGAUUAUUCUGAAAAUUCUUGCUGGAAAAAUCGGUGUGAAAAUCUAAAUAUUACUUACAUGACUUUUAAAACCACCCUCCCUGAAACAAGACAAAUGGGAAAUCACUGUGGUUCCUUUCUUCUGGAAGUACAGAUUCCCUAUGUGUUUCUCACAACUGAAGGUCUUCUUAAUAUGCCUGAUUUUCUUCAGCUGUUGGAAUCCAAUUACAGCAUUACCUUUGUUGAAAGAAGCUGCAGUCACUCCUUAAGGCUAUUUGGAGACACAGAUCGAUACGUUGUGUUGACAAUAGAUGAAUGCACUGCUAUCUUUUUGCAGAAUUUGGAUGAAUUAAAUUACGAGAAAUCCUGUGACAAUGUAAUACUGAAGCUGACGGCGUUAUCACUCCAAUAUACAUGCUGCUGGGUUGUUUUCUAUUCCAGAGAAAGACUGAGUUUAGAGUACAGUCUCAGGGGAGAUACUCUGCUUAACCUGGUAAUAAUUUAUGCCACUCUGAUUGAAUUAACACAGAAGUCAGAAGACUUUGAAGUGAAGGUAUUUCUUACGCCAGGGAUUGAAGAGGCAGCACUGUUAAUUCGUCUGAUUGCUGACAACGUUUUAAUGGCAUCUAGUAUCAGUCCUCUUGAGUGGUUGGACAAAUCCUGGCUUUCUGUUUUGCCUUCUGAGAUGGAGAAAUGCCUGCUUACUUUUCCAUGUAUCAACCCUCUGGUUGCUCAGUUUAUGUUAAAGAAGGGAUCUUCUUUGAGUAGGCUGUUUCUUGCAAGUUUUGUUCAACUUCAGGAGCUCCUGCCAGAGGUUCCAAAAAAAGUUUUAAAGCAUUUUAGUGACAUGACAUCUAUGUACAGCCUAAAUGCUGCUGGUCCACUAAAAACAGCAGUGAAAGGUGCAUCACCCCCAGAAAACUGGAAAAACAUUAACAGACUCUAUCCAGCUUGUAAGCAAAAUUAUCAGUCUUUAGAGCUGCUGGCUAAGGCACAAACUAGCACAGGACCACCUCAUGUGAAUUCUGAAGCCAUAGUUCCUCCACCGAACUGUCAUCAGGGUCUUAUUGACUCUGACCUUUCAAGCUAUAUGCAAAAGAAAUCAUGUUCUUCAGAAGUAGUUACAGGGAGAAAACAGAAUUCCUUUGUUGUGCCAAAGGACUGUGAAGGUUUUACUCAUCCAGGUGCUAUGAAUUCUUUAUUUGUUCAAAGACAGCCCUGCAGGAUUAACUGCAGCUCUGAUCAUUCCUCAAAAAAACCUGAACAAGAGGAUUUCUUUGCAACUUUCAUUGACUGUGCACCUCGCAAGAACUCUAAGGGCUUUCUAGAAGAAUUUAGAGAAAUGACAUUUAAGAGCCCAGAAAUUGUGAUUGACGAGACCCCGUGGAAUGGCUUUUCAUCUACCUGCACAUAUGAUUCAUUUGCACCUAAUUCUUUUCUCUCUGAUUCCCUUGCUGAUCCAGAUGAGCCUCAAAGUCUGCAUUUUCAUCACCUAGGUAGAGAAUCUUCAGGAAAGAGAAAGCAAAGUCCACCAUACUUAUGGACAAAAGGAAAAACAUUAACAGAUUCAGGAUUUGAAGAAGUACCAGGGAUCAAGAAAAGGAGAUUGAUGUAUGAAAGAGUCCCUGGAAGAAGUGAUGGACAAACACGUCUUAAAUUCUUUUGA